UUGCUCCACAACGUUUUGCGCGAGUCGAGUGAAUAUGAAAAGUCGUACUCGAACUUUCUCAGUCCCACCGAAGAUUCAACAAGAAUUAGUAAUUUUCGUGAAAAUUAAAUAAUUAAUUAAAAUUUAAUUAUCCUAAUGGUUCUCGGUAGCACAAAAUCGUUACCUUGCAAGUUAAUCAACAAGUGGAUGUGGAAAUAUCAGCAGAAAUUUGGAUUCAAUUGAGAUUAUUUUAGUAAACAAAUAAUCUUAAAAUCUACGUUUGUUUAUCUCCCACCUCCUGCCAUGAUAAGCAAGAAAGCUUAUCAAGCCAGACAUUGAAUUAGUACUGUAAGUGAUCGAAAUGAGUUUUGAGGGGUGUACCGCCGACGAGACGAGGUCAUGGCGAACGGCGGCGACAAAAACGAUCGAGGAUGCCCUCCUAACGGGCGAGUCAUCGCAAAGUGGCCUGACUCCGACCUCUGCAGAACAGCGCCUUGCUCGCGCCGCUCAUCUUGAGAACCUCAUCUUCACCAGGGCACAUCCCUUCGGGCGACCCGUUUACAUGAGAUUUGUCGCCAUGAUGAAUGUCUGGCUGCGGGAGGCUGAGGAUGUCGCGCGCUAUGGCGAAGCAUUGGAGUACAAACAGAAGAAUGCCAAAUUGGUGGAUGAUUUAGUGAUGCAUUGGCAAGGCGGAGGGUCAAAGGGAUCAGCAGACACAAAUACAGCAGGUCCUUCGCAGCCCCGAAUUUCAGCAGAAAAGAUCAGAACAGUGAGAAGAUAUCAUAAUCAGCCACGUGCCGUAGUAUCGUCUUCUUAUUCUCAAACGUCUCCUUCCUCUCCAAGAAACCCCAACGGGGUCGGAUUCAACGUGGCGAGGAGACAGAGAUCAUUACCGUAUCGGCCGCCGUCCCUUUUUCCUGUUGUAAAAAGAGAGCCUUCUUCACCCCCACCGCGAGGAAAUGUUGCUCGAAGGGCGAGGCCGCAUUUAACUUCCCACGGUCCUCUUCCACCAGCGACGACAUCUGGACAAAGAAACGCCUUGGCAUUGGCUCGCGUUGUCCAGAUUUUUCCCGAUCUAAACGUUGCUCCUCCUACUCCAGCGGUUGUUCGACAUACCCGUGAAGCAAAUUCUCCCCCACCAAAAGCAAGAUGUAGUCAUGAGGAGAAUUCGCCACCGCCAAACUUUAAUCAGUCUACACAUAAAGCGAAUUCUCCACCGCCAGCAGUUGUUCGACAUACCCGUGAAGCAAAUUCGCCCCCACCAAAAGGAAGACGUAGUUGUGAAGCAAAUUCACCCCCACCAAAAGCAAGACGUAGUCGUAAGGCGAAUUCGCCGCCGCCAAACUUGAAUCAAUCUACACAUUCAGCAAAUUCGCCACCGCCAGCUGUUCGACAUACCCGUGAAGCAAAUUCGCCCCCACCAAAAGGAAGACGUAGUUGUGAAGCAAAUUCACCCCCACCAAAAGCAAGACGUAGUCGUAAGGCGAAUUCGCCGCCGCCAAACUUGAAUCAAUCUACACAUUCAGCAAAUUCGCCACCGCCAGCUGUUCGACAUACUCGUGAAGCAAAUUCGCCCCCACCAAAAGGAAGACGUAGUUGUGAAGCAAAUUCGCCACCGCCAGCUAUCAGACAUACUCAUGAGGCGAAUUCGCCACCGCCAAAAUCUUCUCGUUCUCCAUCUCCAACGAGACCAAGAUCGCCGCCCAUUCCUCGUCAGACCGGAGAAGGUACAACGUUGUUAAGCCCACCGAAUAUUAAUGGACGUCAGCUCUUAAGUAGUGGGAAAGCCUCCACUGCGACGCGCACAAAUUCGACGACAGGAGCCACAAAUAGGGCGACGACAAGUUCAAACUGUAGUACUACCGAUAGCAACAAUGCUCCUUCAUCCCCUGGGGCACCAGAGAUUCAAAGGGCGAUCACCAACAGGAUAAAUCUAGCUAUAGCGAAAUGGGGAAGUCUCGAUCAUCCGGAAAACUCUCGUUUGCGAAGACAAUUAACAGAAUCAUUUACUGAGCAACAACUCGCGCAAGCACUAAUUAGCAGGAUGACGACCGUGCCCACCAAUUCACAAGCCGCGCCGUCUGCUUCUUCUCCCGCUUCCGCAGCCACGAUGAGUUCAAAUCCUCCUCGUCUGACGAUACGCGCUGAAACUGACCAAGCUGGCGUCGGCCGGAGUCGUCUUCACCAAAUUAUAAGGUUUCAACCCUUCCGACGAGUUGAAUCUAGUCAACAAACAGCUCGAGGGGAAGGUCAAGGGUCAACGGAGCAACCACCACUUCCACCGCUACGUAUAUCGACCACAUUUCCACAUAGAAUUAUUACAACGGAAACGGAAACGGUGAAAAAAUUGAAUUUGAAUGCGACAGAGACGAGUCCCAUUAUCGGGCAGAUUUUUAGAAUUUCAACAAGAGUACCAUCACAAAGGCAGGGAGAUCAAGCGGGGUCAAGUUCUCAACAGGAGGAAUCGCCUCCAGCACCUCCAGUUGCAUCACCGUCACGUGGUCAAAAUCCAGUUUCAUCACAUGCACCGCCACGUGGUCAAAAUUUGGACAUGCGAAUUUCAAAUAAUCGGAGUCCCUCCCCUGACCCACUAGAAUCGCAUCGUUCAGUCUCGCCGGAAGUCGUCACGAUCGUGGAUAACUCGCCAGUCCCGCCAAAACGUAAAAUAGUCGUUAUCACGCUUGACGACGAUGAUGACAACUCCCCACCGCCAACAAUUUCUAGUCGUCCCCUUUCCGUCCCUCCCGUAAAAGUUGAACCGACAGGAAAUAGAAAAGAUCAGAAGCGACCUCCACCAAAUCCUCACCACCUACCGACUGGAAAUAGAGGGGAUGGAGAGCGACCCCCUCCGAAUCCUCCCCACCCACCCACCGGAAAUAGAGAUGAGGAGCGACUCGCUCCGAUUCCUCCCAAUCCACCGACCGGAAAUGACGCCAAUUUCAGUCACGAAGAGCAACCUUUAUCAAAUCGUCCCAGCACAAUUUCCAUUGUUACUUCCGAGUCUGCUACAGCGACACGGUCUCCCUUUGACUUUACAUCGUCCUCCCCCAGCACUCCGGGGCAAGGUCAAGAACAAUCGGUGACCUUGGACCAAGUCUCAACAAAUCAAGAUCAAGUCACUCCCAGUGCUGUUCAAGAUAUGGAAAUCGACCAUGGUCAGGUUCAAAGCUCCACAAAUCCGAUAGUAACCCCGCCGCCGGGCGAGAGUAAUGACAUGGAAAUUGACGUGGCCAUGCCGAGCGAAAAUCCCAGCCCGGCAACAAUUCCACAACAACUUCCAGUUCAUCCUCCCCCUCGUCGUCUCAGUACAAAUAGACCGAUGGGAAAUGGAUUCUAUGAAAUGCUCCCUCGACGACCACCUCCUAUUUUUUCUCGAUCAGGCCAUGACCCUGACGAUGACCCUGAUGAUAAUCCAGACGAUGACCCUGACGAUGACCCGUCUUCUUCAGAAGAAGAAGAUGACGACAACAAUUCCUCCUCUGAAGAUGACGAUGAGACUGCCACUCAACCGGCGCCAGGACAUCCCCUCAACUGGAAAUCCCUCCCGCUUGUCGAUCUCAUUAAACAUGCGUUGGAACAAGAUGGAGAAAGUUCGAGGAAGGACGUUACCUUUCUCGUGGGGUCGGAGGCCACCCCCAUUUCGGCGCACACGUGCUUCCUCGCUCCCAUCUCGGCCAAAUUCGAUGACCUCUUCGCCGCCACGGUCGCCGAGAUACAGCCACCUCCGCUCACACGGAGAGGACUCCACUUGACCAUCCCGUUGAGCGAGGUGGAUCCAGAAGCGUUCGGGAUUAUAUUGCGGUACAUUUACCACCGUGAAUGGAAAGAAGAUCGAAACUGGUCAAUGGAGACGAGGAUAAAACUCUUGGAAGCAGCCGUGAAAUUCGACCUGAUCGAAGUCGCGACCCGAACGAGGGCCUCGUUACGCAGGGAUCUCAGCAACUUUACUGCCACCGUCAUCCUUGACCACGCCAUCGCUUUGGGCGAUGACCGACUCAGGCAAAGUGCUCUCCGACAUAUCGAACUAAAUGCGACCACAAUUUUGAAAUCGGAUUCUAUCAGGGCUUUAAGUUUGGAUGGGUUAUGUGUAAUUUUUGCCAGUGAUGAUCUCAUCGCAGAGGAGAAUGUAGUUUACGAAGCGGCGAAAUGUUGGGCACGUCACCAAAUAAGUCCUGUGGGCCCUCCGAUAAAAAACGAGGGUGGUGACGGGGACGAAAUCCGAUCCAGGUUGGGCCGAGCUCUUCACCUCGUCCGAUUUCCAAUCAUGAAGAGCGAUUACUUUUUAAACGAGGUUUACAUCGAUCUAAUCCUGCCACCCCAGGAUGUCACCCGACUCGUGAGAUAUUUAUGUCUCUCGGCGGAAAUUCCGAUCGACCAGCGACCCGACCCGACCCCGUAUUCGACCAUUUUGCGAGCCGGGAGCAGCACCCGGGACAACUUGUCUGCCGUCAGGGGCAAUGAUGACAGUGGUGGCGGCGGCGGCGGUGGGGGGCGCGGUUCUCGCAGUAGCCUGACAGAAUCUAGCAGUUCGAGCAAUGAAACGUUAACAGGGGAAUUAAGUAAUCGAAAUCAAGAGGGAUCGGAACGCCACCCUCCUUCGGAACCAGACUCUAAACGAAUCAAGCUCGAAAGCAGUCCUAAACCUGCAUCACCACGCCCAACAAUCGCCGGCCAUGUCGCGCCCGCUCCGCUGAAUGUACUCCUCAUCGAUGACGAAGAACCCGGCCCUUCAACUCGCCCACAUCCACCUCCGCCCGUCGUCAAUUCCCCCACUCCACCCGUAGUCAAUCCCUCCACUCCACCCGUAAUUAGUCCCCCCACUCCGCCUGCCCUAAGUCCCCCUACUCCACCAGAUCACGCAGCCAUUCUUCAAUCAAAUGUCACACCAAUCUCUAAGCCAAAAUCUAAGCCGAUCACUAUACUCGCCACCACGCCGGACGAGGAUGCUUACAUUUCCAACCAACUCACCAUCACCACAUGCACCUACCCUGAGAAGAAGACGUUGCGCGCCCUGUACUCCGCGAUUUCAUCCGACGCUCCGUCCACCGAGGUCAUCACCGCCUCUGAGAUCGUUCUCGACACUAAAUCACUCUUCUUGCUCGACAUGCCGCGCCUGCAACGCGCCCAGAUCGACUUUUUGUACGGCCCGAGGAAAACGGUGACCAAUUUUAAGGAAUACUUAACCCGGUUGCAGAUCCAGAGCAGUAUCCUCUUCUUCAAGAAGGGGCACAAUUCUCUGGCAUCAUUGUGGGACUCGGGGGUCAAUGUUAAUCUAUCGGUUAAUGGAGUCAAUGUCUUGGAGGUGGAGCAUGACACGGGGACACUCAAGAUAAGCAGAAUCAACUCCGCCGACCAGAUCCUGCAAGGUCUCAAAAUUGGCGAAGAUGUCGACUCUCUCCUAGAACUUAAACACCUCUACCUGGAUGAGGUCAACAUUGACACGCUCUCCCGCAUUCCCAUCACAGCGCUGACUUCGCUCACCCUCCGCAAAGUUAAAGGGAUCAAAGAUCGCGUCAACUUUAUCCGGUCGUGCAAUCAAACUUUGACAUCUUUUUCCUGUGACGACAUGGGACAGGAGACCCUUAAUUUUGGCGAGGACGUCGGCCUCCUAUCCGAAGGGGUACCGACACCCACAUUGGCACGGAUCGCGGUGGGGAAGGCGCGCUUAGAUUGUUCCCGGACGGGCGACGUAGUGAGCACGAGUUCGCCAGUGGAGAAACUUUAUCUGGACAAGUGCACGUGGACGUCGGAUUUUAUGACCGCAAUUCCCUACAUAUUUCCGAAUCUGAGAAAAGUCAAGAUUUGCAGUUACGUGACAUUCCCAAUUGUCCAAGCUUUCCUGGACAUUGCGACAUUGGAGUGGUUGGGCGUGUGGGAGUUGGAAUUUCCGUUGUUGGGGGGGAAGAAGAAAAGGGGGGCGAGCGGUGGUGGUGCAGAGAGUAAUAAGAGGAAGAGGAGUGAUGAGGCCGAGGGGGCAAGUGGGGAUGGGUCAAGUGUUGACCCGGAAGUGAACAAAAUGAUCUCUCUCUUAUCCGAUGCCGGACUGGGAAACGCAUCCUGGUUGACAAAGGGCCAGAAGACCUUCAUUUUAGAGAAAGUCGUCCUUCACGGACCUCACGAAGAAGGAGGAAGUGGAAUCACGAAAGCUUGGAAAGGCACGAAAUUAACUAGAUUGCAAAAAUACAAGCAAUUUACGAAACUCGAUUUCGAACAGUUCGGGUGGAACGUUUUCUACAAAGAUUUCAAACUAUUUCGUAAAAUUAAUGGAUGAAUUAACCAACAAAUGCAAGCGAUAAGACUCAAGAAUGUGCCGAAUUAUUGGGUGCUGCUCGAAUUUGCAAUUGUUUUUGCAAUAUUUACAUACUUCAUUAUUUAUCUACCAGUUAGUUACUAAUUAAUUAGUUAGUUAAUUAAGCUAUUGAUGAUUAUUUUUUUCUACAAAUUGUCGACUUGUAGUCUAGUGUUUUGAACUUUUUGUUACGUUUUUCCUCUUUAAGCUAAGUAUUCACCUCAUGUUUUUCGCGUGAAAACACACUUUUCGGGUGAAAAGUGAAAAAAUUUCGCCCCCAUUUCGCCUCACGGUAUUCACUUUGGAAAAUAUUUCGGGUGAAAACUUGGGAGGGUUUUUCCAUCGACCGAAAUUUAUUUGAUUUUUUCGGCUGAAGUGAGCCGAAAAAGUUUUCGUCUGAAAAACUUUUUCGGUCGAAAUUUGGAGCGCCAAUUCCAAAUUUUGUUAUCAUUUCUCUCUUGGAUAUUCAGAUUACGCAUUUUGCAAUUUCUAUUUCUUCUACUAGUUUCGCAAAAUUUUACACUUUAGUGAAGUUAGAAUAUAAAAUCAUUAAGAAUGACAGGUAAGACAGCUACGCGUAAGAAAACUGCUGAUCGACCGGAGUCUACAAGACUUACAUUGGAUGUAAAACGGGCAUUGGCAGCUCUGGUGGAAAAGUUUCCAGAAGUUUGGGAUUUGACCCACGUCAAUUACAAAAAUCGAGAUGCUCGAGAAGCUUCUUGGACGAAGAUUGCGGCAGAAAUGAAUCUAUCAGCUGAACGUUGCAAAGCCGCCUGGGGUUCCCUUCAGGACGCUCUGCGAUAUCAAAGAACAGGAAAAAAGGGCCCAUCUGGCAAAGGCAGUGAGGAGGACCCCUCUCAGACAGAAUUUAAUUUUGAUGAAAUAAAAUUACUAGAAGGGUGGAACUUGUGGGAAUCCAUGAAAUUCUAUGUGCUUUCCAAACCAAGUCGGACCACGCUGUCCAACAUGAUCUUUUCAUCAACUGCUACUGAAAAUAACGACGACAAAGCUCCUCAAGCAGAUUCAGGAUCAGACGAAGUCGAGUUGACCGAGAAUUUAAACCUGUCUACUUCUAAUAAUGAGGAUGACCCACCGUGCGGGAAAUCGACUCCGGUUGCAGGAGAAAUACGCCCUAUCUAUUCGCACGUAAUUAUUUAUACAUUAUUACUCCAUUUUAAAAUUUAAAUUUUCCUUACAAUCAUUAAUCAUUACAAUUUUCCCCAUCAACACAAUACUAUGAUAACCCUGCGAAAUCCAGAAAAUAUGUUUAAUAAGGUGAAAAAAAUUGUAGAGUUAUGAAUUAGUAUAUGUACUUUAUAAUUAUAAAACACACUGCCCGCACUAAUUGGACAUUUGAUUGCCACGUGCUUUCCAUCAAUAGCACCAAUUGUAUUAGGAAAAUUCCAUAAUCCAUUGUAUUCAUUUGAAAUUUCUACCCAUUCUUGUUUGGUCGGCGGCUGUAUAUAUAAAAAUUAUGUUCAGCAACAGCUUUAAUCCUAGUUUGGUUUUCUUUUCACAACACUUAAUUUACAGUAGAAGCUAAAUACCUUCAUAAAUGACGCCUUCAACUCUUCAAAUAUGGCACGACUAGUUUGUUCAAUGAUUGGACCAAGACGUUGUUUACUGAUUCUAUAUGUUGAUGCCACGUGACGCUGUAGAGACCCAGAUGCCAAAAAUCUAAAUAACAAGCGAUGAAAGAUAUACAAGGUAUGAUAAGUUACCUAUUCAUUUUCAAUAAGCUUACUCAAGUGUUACUGAUAGUUUCUCUUGUGGACUUAUAGCAUGAUGUGGACGGGUUGAAACUUUAGGUUCCAGCCUGUGUUGAAUAAUAUUCAGCAAUUGAUUGAAAACUUGUGGCGACAUGUGAUAGUUCUCUUGAAAAAUGUGUGGAGUAGAUCUCAUGUCGUCAAACUAUUAAAACAAUUUAAUUCAACUUUAAAUUGAAUUUUAAAU